AUGUCUUCUCACGAUCCUUCGCGCUUCGACGAUUCUGAGGACGAGGAAGAUUUCAACCCUGCGCCUGCAGAUCUAUCCGACGAAGAACAAGAUGGCGACCAAAAGCCAGUGAAGCGUGGAAGCAGCCCCGUCGCUCGCGAUGAUAACGAUGACGAGGAUGAGCGACCCUCCAAAUCGCGACACGCCGCCGAUGACGAUGAGGAGGAGGAAGAAGAAGAAGAGGAAGAGGAAGACGGUGGCAGACGUCGCGACGAUGACGACGAGGAGGAUGAAGAGGAAGAGGAAGAUGAUGAGGACGAAGAUAUUCAACAGGGCCAUCGCAGAAAGCGCAGAAAGGAGCGAGGUGCCAAUUUCUUCGAUAUCGAAGCCGAAGUCGACGAUGAAGACGAGGGCGAGGAUGACGAACUACUGGGCGAAGAGAUAGGAGACUUCAUCACCAACGAUCACCCAGACGAUAUUGCGGAAACCGGUAUUGACGAUGACCGACGACAUCGUGAACUCGAUCGCCGUAGGGACAUGGACUCUAGUAUGGAUGCCGAGAAACAGGCAGAGAUUCUGCGACAGAGAUACGGCAACAAGCGCUCCGGCAGAGGCAUCAGCAACGCAUCGGUGGUUCCCAAGCGACUGCUCCUCCCUACUGUGGACGACCCUAGCAUUUGGGCCGUUCGUUGUAAGGAAGGAAAAGAACGAGAGGUUGUCUUCUCUAUCAUGAAGCGCAUUGAGGAGAGAGUGGGUACAAAGGAUGAACUCGCCAUCCUUUCUGCGUUCGAACGUGGAGGUACCGACUCCAUCAUGAAGGGUUUCAUCUAUGUUGAAGCCCGUCGUCAAACCGACAUCUUGAAGGGGUUGGACAGCAUGAUGAACGUCUAUCCCCAUUCCAAGAUGAUCCUGGUUGAUCUCAAGGAUAUGCCUGAGCUGUUCCGUGUUUCUAAGACCCCUACUCUGGAGCCCGGAGCCUGGGUCCGUCUUCGAAGACCCCCGAAGCACAACGGUGAUCUUGCUCAGGUCAUCGAUGUUACUGAGAACGGCCUGGAAGCUCGCGUUCGAUUCAUCCCUCGAUUGGACUAUGGCAUGCGAGACUCAUCUUUGACUGCCGAUGGCAAGCGCAAGCGACCUUUCGGCGGUGCUGGUGUCCCUAAGCCUCCUCAAAGACUGUUUAGCGAGGUGGAAGCCCGAAAGCGCAACCCUAGAGCCCUCCAAGGAAACCCUACCGCUGGUACUUGGACAUACAACAACGAAGAAUUCGAGAAUGGCUUCCAAGUCAGGGAUAUCGCUAUCGACAAACUCACAGUUACCGACGUGAACCCCUCUCUCGAAGAGGUCACCAGGUUCGCUUCAGGAGCUGAGGACGGAACUGAGAACCUCGAUCUUAAGGCGCUGGCCCACAGUCUCAAGGAUAGCAAUGCGCUGGCUACCUACCUCCCAGGUGAUAUCGUCGAGGUUUAUACUGGUGAGCAGAAGGGUGUUGUCGGUAAGGCGAUGCGCGUUCACUCCGAUGUCGUCUCGAUCACUGUUACCGAAGGUGAACUUGUUGGGCAGGAGAUUGACGUUCCUAUCAGAGCACUCCGCAAGCGCUUCAACGUUGGUGACCAUGUCAAGGUCAUUGGCGGAAGCAAGUUCAGAGAUGAGGUUGGAAUGGUUGUCGCCAUCAACGAGGACAAGGUCACCCUCCUGACAGAUCAGACAAACAAUGAAAUCACAGUCUUCAGCAAAGAUUUGCGCGAAGCCAGUGAUAUUGGUGGCCAAGGCUCUCUGGGUCAGUACUCACUACAAGAUUUGGUACAGCUCGAUCCCACAACUGUGGGUUGUGUUGUUAAGGUUGAUCGCGAAUCACUUAUGGUCCUCGAUCAAUUCGGAACACCUCGCCAGGUUAUGCCAUCCCAGAUUUCCAACAAGAUUCCUAAGCGAAAGACAGCUGUGGCUGUUGAUCGACAUGGUGCUGAGAUUAGGCUCGAAGACGUCGUCAAGGAAUACACUGGCCAGCAGCGUCAGGGCAAGAUUAUCCACAUUCAUCGUUCAUACAUCUUCCUACAUACCAACGAUAACAAGGAGCAUGCUGGUGUUUUUGUCACGAAGGCCAACAUGGUCCAAACCAUUGCUGCCAAGGGGGGCCGAGUCAACACCGCCGCAUCGACCGGGCCUGAUCUGACAGCCAUGAACCCAGCGCUCAAGCUCCAUAAGAAUGGAAGUGAGAACAAGCCUGUUCAACAACAACCGAGAUCUUUUGGCCGGGACAAGGCGAUUGAACAGACUGUUAUUAUCAGGAAGGGAGCCUACAAAGGUCUUCUGGGUAUUGUCAAGGACACCACUGACACACAUGCUCGUGUCGAGCUGCACACAAAGAGCAAGACCAUCACUGUGCCCAAGGAAAACUUGAGCUUCAAGAACAAGACGACUGGAGCCACCAUUGAUAUCGCCGGCCGGGGAGGUCGCGGUGGUUAUGGUGGUGGUGCUGGACGUGGCGGCAGCGGCGGCGGCGACCGUGUGCCAGGAUGGCAGGGCGGCUCUCGCACACCCAUGGCAGGUGGUAACUCUGACAGAGUGCCUGCUUGGGGUUCACGAACACCUGCUGCAAGUGGACGAACACCCGCUUGGAAGGGCCCAGAUAUGUCAGGCGCCCGAACACCAGCCUGGGCAGAUGGCUCACGAACCGUCAACCCCUAUGACGGCAACCGUACUGCUUACGGCGGAUCUGGUGGACGCACACCCGCCUGGCAGGCUGGUGGAAGAACCCCUGCUCCUGGUGAUGCCUUCGGUGCUGGAUCACGUACACCGGCAUAUGGUGGAGGCGAUAGCUGGGGCUCGGGAUCCAAGACUCCUGCUUGGGGAGUUAGUGCGCCAACUCCUGGAGCCAGCGGUGGUGAUGGAUGGGGUUCCAACUCGUACGAUGCCCCUACGCCCGGCGGUGCUCUUGGUGCCCCAACUCCCGGUGCCAUGAACGCACCCACGCCUGGUGCUUACUCGGCGCCUACACCCGCUGCCAUCAGCGCACCAACACCUGGUGGCUGGCAAGGUGGAUGGGGAGCAGACUCAGCACCUACUCCAGCUGGAGCUCCUACACCUGGUUACUACGGCGCUCCCACGCCUGGAGCCACUUACGGACCACCAGAGACCCCUGCAGCCACUGGUCCUCGAUACACGGAUGACGAUUGA